UUUUAAUUAAAUUUUUUCCUGACAUUACAUUCCUUAAACCCCACUUUCUCUCAACAUUAAUUUCUUUGCCGGGCACAAACAUUUUCUAACAUGGCAGCAGUGAACUCUUGGUCCUUGCUCAGCCGCCUGAAGAGGGCUGUGAAGAAGGUGAAGAUCCUACUCAAUCUCGAUAUCAACCGAUGGCGUUUGGUGGCUUCGCUGAUGAGUGCUUCUCCCUCGUCGAGGGCGACCAGUUCCCGUCGCCUUAGCUUCAAUGAAAGACCAGGCUUAAGGGCUUGUGUGAAUGAUACAGAAUCAGAAGAUUAUCAUUAUUAUUCCAUAACUUCUUCUUCUUCUUCUCCGGCCUUGGAGCUACGUAGAACCAGCAGCAGCUGCCUGUCGGAGGAUGAUAUCGAUAACAGGGCUGAAUUGUUCAUUCAGAAUUUUCGCCGCCAGCUUCAGAUUGAGAGACAGAUUUCCUUGGAGCUUAAGUAUAAUAACAGUCAAGGAAAUAACGGUAAUAAUAAUAGCUUCAAAUUGAUCUCUCCUUGAUUAAUUCCCAUUGAAGUUAGCAUGCGGUGAUGGAGCCUGUCUUUUUUAUUAGUGGGUUUUCUAUUGCCAAUUUUGUAAUUACAAAGGUUUUCUUUUUCAAGCUUUCUUAUUUGCAUUUUCCAAACCCUUUUUCAGUCAUCAAAUUAAGGGGGUAAUUGGAUUUGUACAGUGGGAUGUGGGAUUUUAUUUUUUUCGGGUGUCAUUACAAUUGGAUUGUGCGAUUGUUUCCAUAAUGUAGCUCAUUUUUAAGAUAGUUGAUUGCUUUAUUCUUUGAUA